AUGUCAUAUAUGCUGAGAAGGACUGAUGAAAAUUUAUGUUUAAAAUGUGGAAAACUUAAGCCCAGGUCAAGUAAUCACUAUUGUCAGCUUGAAACGAACCCUAAAAUAGGUCCCUGUAAAUCCGGAGUUUUUCAAAAUCACAAUGUUAUAGGUUUCAUUAACCGUCUAGGAGAAAUGAAUUGUUUUUUAAAUUCUGCACUCCAAGCUUUAUGGCAUAUGGAAGCUUUUCGCAACGCUAUAAGCUUUAGCACCCCAAAAUGCAGGAGUCAAAAUAGCACUCAUUAUUGUUUAUCCUGUGGAAUAAAGCAGAUCUUUGAACAAGUUUCUUAUAAUUUAUCAAAAAACAUAGAUGGAGUAAUAGACAUCAGCAAGCUUAGGACUGAGCUCGCUAAAGUGUAUGAGCAGACUGGAGAAUUUGAAAAAGAGUCCUCAGCUGAUUGUAUGGAAGCCCUCAUUGCAAUCCUAAAAGCAAUUCAUUCAGUUCAUCUAAUGGACCCAACUCAAGGUAUUGAUAAUAGCUUUUCAAAUAUAAAAUGUGAAGAAAAGUGUGUAGCCCAUGAAGUUUUAGAACUUGGAGUUCAUGAAGUUUUGAAUUGUGAUUGUGGGGCUGUUUCUGAAAAUGACUGGGAUUAUUGCACUUUUGCUCACCCUUUUUAUGUUAAUGAUAUAUUUGAAGAAGCCAGAAAAACUCAUCCAGAGCUUAGGCCUUUAGAUAAUGUAAAAUUUGUAGAUGAUUAUUUGGAACUGUCAAGUAUUUUGCCUAUUGAAGGUAAACUUCCUGAAUUUAUCAAAGCACAAUGGAGAGAUGCGGAGCUAGAUAUGUGCCCUAAGGUUGAUGAGUGCCCUGUUCAUAAAAGCAAAAGGACUCUGAAACUUGCAACAACUCCUAAGGUUUUUAUAAUUAAUUUGAUAUGGAAUGAAAUGCACCCAGGAUACUUCCUCCCCUUUCUGUGACCGAAUAAAAAAUUUGGUUCUCUUGAGAAUGAGUUAAUUUUUUUAAAAUUAAUAUAUAAAUUAAUGUAAUUUUUUUUUUCAAAUACUAAUUCAAAAUAAUUGAAAGCAAAUAUUAAUUUAAUUUGUAAAAUUUAUCUUUUAAAAUGCAAGCUCUUUAAAAACAAACAGAGUGGCUAGAAAUUUCAUUAUAAUAAUUAUCACUUAUAUAUAUAUUUUUUCAUAAAAUAUUUUUUUGUUCGCUCAGGGAGGGUAGGUUUUUACCCAAAAAUAGGGUUUCUCCAAUAUUUUUGUUUGAUUAUGAGGGGUGUAAGUUAGAUAUUUUACAAAUGCUCUCAACAAUGCCAUAUACAUUAUCGCUAGACAGAAUUUAUGAAGACUCCCCAAGCAAUUCAUAUAUAAUAAGAGGAAUGAUUUUAUUUGGCCCAGGCCAUUAUGUAUUUUGUGUUAAAGGUAAAAAUGACAGACUAUGGUAUAAGAUUGAUGAUGAAAAAAUUGGUGUAAUUGGCAAUGGGAAAUGGGAUGAAUCAAUUGAAUAUAUUGUCAGAAAUAGGUACUACCCUGUUGGACUCUUUUAUGAAGAAUCUAAAGAAGCUGAAGGCAUGGAUAUAUCUUUAGAAGGAUGGCUUAAACUUGAAAGGACAGUUAUAAGAUAUGAAAUAAAGAAAAGGCUACAAGAUAAGCUCGAUAGAGAAGAAGAGGAAGAAAAAUUUAAAGUAUUCUAUAGCAGAGAGUCUAUAGAGCCAGCUAAAAAAUUAAGAGCAGAGAAAAUUGAAGAUAGCAAAGUCCCUAUCAAUGAAAUUACAGUAAAACCAAAUGAAAAUAAUAAAAAGCAGGAGACGACAGUCCUAGCAGGUAGGCAAGAAGAACAAAUUCAAGAAGCUCAAUCAGAGCCUAUAAAAAUACAGUGGGCCUGUGACUGUGGCUUUAAAAACGAAAUGGAGUGGGAUGUAUGUGGGUCAUGCCACACUAUAAAGCCUGGAGAGUCAGGCUGGGUUUGUAAAAGCUGCACUUUUAAAAAUGACAAUAAAAAUGAUGCUUGUGAGAUAUGCAACAAAAUUAAUGAAGAAAAAACAAAAUAUUGAAGAUGCUUAAAAUGCAGCAGGCUAAACAAGCCAAAUGAUACAUUUUGUAGUUCUUGCUUUACCUCCAAGCCAAGAACAAGAGAAAUUGUCCCUGAAACGCAAGAAAUAGAGAAGCCUAAAUGAAAAUGUCCCAAAUGCAGCCAUAUGAAUACUAUGGAAAGGACUAUGUGUUAUAAAUGCUAUGAAAUAAAAUCACUAUUAGAAGAGAAAGAAAUGGAGAAACCUAAAUGAAAAUGUCUAGCAUGCGGCUGCAUGAAUCCAAAGGAUAAGACAGUGUGCGCUAAUUGCUAUACUCCUACAUCUCUAUUAGAAGCUAAAGAAAAUGAGAAGUCUAAAUGAAAAUGUCUUCAAUGUAAUUAUAUGAAUGCAAUGGAAAGAAAGCAAUGCAAUAAAUGCGAUGCUGCAAAAUCGCUAUCAGAAAAUACAAAAACUGAGGAAAGUGUUUCUGAAGAGGCUAGUAAAUCAGCAGGCUGGAUUUGUAAAUGCUGUGGUUAUCAAAAUACAAUUGGACGAGCUUGCUGCUAUAGUUGCUUUAGAAAUGCUCCAAAAGAGCAAAUAGAAAUUCCCUCUGUUCAAAAUAUUCCUAGCAGAGAAGAUACUAAAUGAGUGUGCUCAAAAUGUUCAUAUCCUAAUCUUCUUGAAAGGAAAAGCUGCCUCAAAUGCGGCACAGAAAAAGAUCCCAUAGAAGCAGCUGGAAAAAAAUCUCAAAUCAUCACUAUGAUCCCAUAUGCUGAAAAGCCAAAAAUUCCUACCUGGCAAUGCAAGAGAUGCAAUUUCCCAAACGUAGAAAGCGAUAUCUUAUGCUACCAUUGCAGAGAGCCAAAAACCACCAGCCUAGACACUAAAUAUCAGACAUUUCCAUCAUGGUCACCAAAGCCAGAAAACGAGUGAAUUUGUCAAAAAUGCUAUCAGCCUAAUCUUCUGACUGCAGUUUACUGCACCAGAUGCCAAAAUAUUAAUGGUUAUUAUAGAUCAAUAAAAAAGCAGCCUUCGCCAGUUAGAAUGUCCACAAGUGCAUGGAAAUGCAGCGGCUGCGGUACUAUUAACUCUUCAUCAGAAUAUUGUCGCUUAUGCAACAAAUUCAAAUUUGGAUCUAUGUGCAAAAAAUGCAAAAAGCCAAUAGAAAAAGGCGAAAUUUGCAUAAAAUGUUUGUCUGAUAAAUGCUCUCUUUGUGCCAAAACUAUAGGGUUUUAUGAUGAAAAAUUUUGUAAAAAAUGUGGGAGGCUAUCUGGGACUUAUUUUUGUCUUAUCUGCAGCUAUCAUAUGGACAAAAACUGCUUAAUCUGCACUGAAUGUGGCAAUCAAUUUUGAAAAUGUAAAACAUGCAAUAAUUUAAAUAAGCCAGAUGAAGUUUCCUGUGAUGGAUGUAGCAGAAGCAAACUGUCAAGACCGUCUAGUACUACGUUAAAAGCGCCAAAAGAGCCAGUAGCAAGGAAAACUAAUGAAAGCCCUAAGCCUCAAAUAGGAAAACAAGGGAAAAAGACACAAAAAUGUCAUAUAUGCAGAAAAGAUUUAGCUAUGUUUGAAAACAGAAAUUGCUCAUUAUGUGGGAAAAGAACUUCUGAUGGAAAUUGCGCUAAAUGUGAAAUAUCAGCUUCUCCUUUAAGAUAUAUAUGCUCUGUUUGUAUGAAAGCUUAUUGGAUUUGUCGCUGUGGAAAAAAUAACCCAAAAGCAUCCCAUUGCUGCGAUAAGUGUGGCUAUCGCAAAAUUUAA